AUGAAGAUCAUCAUCUUUCCAUUUUUAGCAACCCUAAUUUCUUGUUUCCUUUCUUCUGGUGUUUAUGGUUACACCAAAUCGGAGAUCAGUUCAUGGUGCAGCCAAACACCACAUCCAGAAUCUUGUGAGUAUUUCUUGGUCGCAGGAAAUCAAAAUUCCGGUCCGGUGACCCAAAAACCAGACUUCAUAAAAGCGUUACUAAAGAUCACCCUCGAUCGAGCCAAACAUGCCGAGUCGAAUACUAAAGGGCUCGGCACGAAAUGCCGAAACAAGCUCGAAAAAGCUGCAUGGGAAGAUUGCAUCGAGCUUUACGACAACACGGUCGAGCGGCUCAACAUGACGGUCGAUCCUCGUAAAAAGUGUAGCCAAUACGAGAUGCAAACGUGGCUCAGCACAGCCCUCACUAAUCUCGAGACGUGUCGGGCUGGGUUCGAGGAGCUCGGCGUUGGCGGCUACUUGUUGCCGCUAAUGAAGAAUAAUGUGUCGGCUUUGAUCAGCAACACGUUGGCGAUGAACAAAGGCGGAUCUCCGCCGGAGACUUACCCGAAUGGGUUCCCUAGUUGGGUGAAACCCGGUGAUCGGAAGCUGUUACAAUCUUCGAGUCCAGGUUCUCAGGCGAACGUUGUGGUGGCUCAAGAUGGUUCCGGGAACUAUAAGACGGUGGGAGAAGCGGUUGCCGCCGCCGGAAAAAGGUCCGGCAGCGGAAGGUAUGUGAUAUAUGUGAAGGCAGGAUCUUACAACGAGAAUAUCGAAAUUGGGACCAAAUUGAAGAAUAUAAUGCUGGUUGGAGAUGGUAUCGGAAAAACUAUCAUCACCGGAAGCAAAAGUGUUGGAGGAGGUGCCACCACCUUUAAAUCAGCCACCGUUGCUGUGGUGGGAGACGGAUUCAUUGGUCGUGGCAUCACUUUUCGAAACACGGCGGGCCCACAAAACCAUCAGGCGGUGGCGUUGCGAAGCGGCUCUGAUCUCUCAGUGUUCUACCAGUGCAGCUUUGAAGGUUACCAAGACACGCUUUACGUCCACUCUGAUAGACAGUUCUAUAGAGAAUGUGACAUAUACGGCACCGUUGACUUCAUUUUUGGCAAUGCUGCCGUCGUGCUUCAGAAUUGCAACAUUUACGCCCGUAAGCCUCCCAACAGGACCAACACUGUGACCGCACAAGGCCGGACCGACCCGAAUCAGAACACGGGAAUCUCGAUCCAUAAUUGUCGUGUCACGGCCGCGUCAGACCUUAAAGGGGUCGGGGGCGUUAAGACGUAUCUUGGUAGGCCAUGGAAGCAGUAUUCGAGAACCGUGUUCAUGAAAUCAAACCUAGAUAGCAUAAUCGACCCUGCAGGCUGGAUGCCAUGGAGUGGUAAUUUUGCGCUUGAUACUUUGUACUACGGAGAAUAUCUGAACACAGGCCCGGGUUCAUCAACCGCCAACAGGGUUAAAUGGAAGGGUUACCGUGUGAUCACUAGCAGCACUGAGGCAGCAAGGUUCACCGUUGGAAACUUCAUCGCCGGUGGAUCAUGGUUGCCGUCAACCAACGUACCGUUCACUUCGGGCCUAUAAUUCGCUCGUUCGACAUAUAAAAAUACAAUUGAUAUGUUUUGAUAAUUGAUUAUUAAUUACAUGUUUAACGAUAUAAAAUAAAUGGUUGGUGACUCAAAAGUCCAACAUCAUACCAUGGUGAAUUAUGUCACAUUGUAUUCUUUAUACUUUGUAUUGUAUGUACCUUUAGUGUAAAAGAAUUUUGGCUCUUAUUCU